AUGUCUCUGUGGUCAUCUUUCCGAGGGAAGUGGAAGCUGGGCAGGAAGAACGUGGUGGGGAGCUCUGCUCAGUUGCCGAAAGAGGACUAUGAAGUCUUAUUGGAAAAUUGCCUGAGGAAUCACUGUCUCUUUGAAGACAACAGCUUUCCAGCCACCCUGAGCUCCAUAGGCCGAGGGCCCCUGCUGCAGAAGCUGCCGUCUCGCCUGUAUUGGAAGAGACCUCCGGAGCUUCACAGAAACCCCCAGUUCUUUUCUGAAAACACCAAAAGAUUGGACCUGUGCCAGGGCGUGGUAGGAGACUGCUGGUUCCUGGCUGCGUUGCAAGCGCUAACCUUGCACCAGGACAUCCUGAGGCGAGUUGUUCCCCUGGACCAGAGUUUCACUGAGAACUAUGCUGGCAUCUUCCGGUUCUGGUUUUGGCACUUUGGGAACUGGGUUCCCGUUGUGAUAGAUGAUCGUCUGCCUGUGAAUGAGGCUGGCCAGCUGGUCUUUGUCUCCUCUACCUGCAAGAACCUGUUCUGGGGUGCUCUUUUGGAAAAGGCCUAUGCCAAGCUCUGCGGCUCCUAUGAAGACUUGCAGACUGGACAGGUGUCAGAAGCCCUUGUGGACUUCACUGGGGGAGUGACAAUGACCAUCAACCUGGCAGAAACCCCUGAAAACCUGUGGACCGUCCUGACCCUAGCCUUCUAUAGCAGGACCCUCAUUGGCUGCCAGACCGUCUCAGGGACGGUGAAGGUGCUGGAGAAUGGACUGGUGGAUGGGCAUGCCUACACACUCACUGGCAUCAGAAAGGUGACCUGCAGAAACGGACCCGAAUAUUUAGUCCAGCUGCGGAACCCCUGGGGGAAGGUGGAAUGGAAGGGAGACUGGAGUGACAGCUCAAGUAAGUGGGAGCUGCUGUGUCCCAAAGAGAAGAUUCUGCUGCUGAGGAAAGACGAAGAUGGACAGUUCUGGAUGACACUGCAGGACUUUAAAAUGCAUUUUGCGCAUCUGUUCAUCUGUAAGCUGACUCCCGGCCUGUUGAGGCAGGAACCUGGCCAGAGGUGGAUGUGCACCAUGCGGGAGGGGAGAUGGGUCAAGGGGAGCACCGCUGGUGGCAAAUUGAAGUCACCCCUUGACACAUUUUGGAAGAACCCGCAGUUUCUGCUAUCUGUCUGGAAGCCCGAGUUGGCCAGGAGGUCUCUGCAUCCAUGCAGUGUGCUGAUAUCUCUACUCCAGAAGCCCAGGCAUAGGCACCGCACCCGGAAACCAUACCUCGCCAUCGGCUUCUACCUCUUCAGGGUAGCCAAGCACUAUGGUGAACAGAGGAGACUGCCCCCUAAGUUCUUCUGGAAGAAUGUUCCCUUGAGUCGACCAGAGAGAUUUCAUACUGGGAAAGAAGUGAGCCAAGAGUUGUGGCUGGACCCAGGCACAUAUCUCAUUGUGCCCUGCACAUCUGAGGCCAACCAGGAGUUGGAGUUCAUCCUUAGAGUCUUCUCCAGGAAGCAUAUCUUUUACGAAAUUGGCAGUGACCCCCAUGUUGUCAUGUCUAAGGAAAUAGUAGAACAACACGAAGAGCAAGAUGAAUUCUUCACCAAACUCUUUGCAAAGUAUCCAGAAAUAAAUGCAGUUCAACUGCAGAAAAUCCUGAACAACAUGACCUGGUCCAAAUUGGGGCACGCACAACCUGUCUUCAGCCUUGAGGCCUGCCAGGGGAUCCUUGCCCUCCUGGACCUGAACGCCACAGGUACUGUGAGCAUCCAGGAAUUCAGGGACCUGUGGAAACAGCUGAUGCUCUGUCAGGAUGUUUUCCACAAACAAGACAGUCACCAGUCAGGAUACUUGAACUGGGACCAGAUGCGGGCUGCUGUGAAGGAGGCAGGGCUGGGGCUCACUGACGAUGUCUGCAAGCUGAUGCUCAUCCGCUACGGCGGCCCCAAUCUCCAGAUUGACUUUGUACAGUUUGUCCACCUGAUGCUGCGUGCAGAGAACAUGGAGGAGGCCUUCCAGAACUUAACGCAGGAUGGCAAAGGCAUAUACCUCCAGAAGCCAGAGUGGCUAAUGAUGACUCUCUACUCCUGA